AUGAAGCAGCGAGAGAAUAUUAAAGUAGAAAAGCCAACAGAAGAUGGGCUCCCUUGUUUAGCUAUUAUGGGCCAAAUAACAGAGCUGAGGGUAGAGGAAGGAGCCAUACCUCGUCUCUGUCGAUUUUUCAUCCAAUUUUGCUUGCGAUUGACUACACUUCCAGAUGGGCUGAGAUAUCUUACUAAUCUCAGGGAAUUAAACAUCACAGGAAUGCGUAGAGAACUCCACCGUCAGAUUGAGAAAGAUGGAGAGGAUUUCUAUAAAAUUCAGCAUGUACCUUCCCUUGUAAUUGGAGAACCGUCCCCCUACUCCUAA